AAUAAAACUCUGCAUGUGGCCUCUCCCUAGUACCUGUGAGCUUCCUUAUGAAACUGAUCUCUGGACUGAUCCCGAGUCUGAAUGUGGGCGGUACCACACGGCCGCCAUCUAUGGAACACGAUAGGCAUUGCCCGAUGGUACAGAACCGAAAUUUGAAACUAGUCCGCAGAGGAUAAAUGGCGCUGGAUAUUGAACCAGAUUCCUCGUGGGGAGACAGCAACCGGUUGCCUGCUACUCACUCUAGCAGCGAGACAUUGUGUUAGUGCAGUGACGAAGAGGUGUUUGUGUAAGGUUUCUUUCAUGCCAAAGGAAAUAAUCCCGGAACGUCUCACAAGAAGAAAUCACUGAGUUUGUUCAGCAACUGUGACCGAGCACUGUACACAGGCACGUGUAUGCCUGUGCGUUAAGGCAAUCUGCAUGGCUAGAUAGCAGGGUUUUUUUUCUUUUUUUUCUUUUUGCACGCGGGUAGGGCAAGGGUCGUCAUUGUGCGGUCAUUGGACCCGCAUCCCAGUGAAAGCUGUUCCUCGUCAGUAUCUAGGAACCUUUGAUAUCCAUGGAUAUAAUGACACAUAGCGUCAUCACUGCCCACGGGCCUGGCGUCCGAGAGAUGCCGGUUACACGGCUUAGAACUCGAAGACGAGUGGGGCGAUGGGUUGUGCUGUUGCUUCUCCUGAUAGUGACGUUGGCCGUCGCCUUCCGGUUGAGGAACACUGGUGUUUUCACUACCGAACCGAUAGCACCGAAGUUUCGUCCCACCUUAUCGCAACUUGUCGAUCAACACAAAAUAUCCCCGAGUGAACCCGCGCCGGGCACGCUGACACCAUCGCCGGGGACCGCUGUCAACGAUUCCAGGGCGAACGCCACCAGCACCCCGGCGCUGGAGUACGAGUUCGUUGUGGCUCAUUACAACGAAAAACUUGAUUGGCUGAGGCCGUUGGCCAAUCACAGUCACGUGUAUCACAAGGGGAAGGACAAAGGACCGCCCUUCGAUGUCUACAAGUGGGAGAAGUUACCCAACGUAGGACGAGAGCCGCACACGUACUUGCAACAUAUAAUCUCGAAUUACGACAGUCUGGCGAACCUGACUAUUUUUCUGCAAGGCCACGGGACUCAGUCCGACAAAUCCUUCUGCUUCCCCGACCCCAUGGACUACCUGGGUAACGCUAAAAAGCAACUUUUCUGCGUGGAGAAACCGCGGCUGUCCAACUGGGGCAGAAUCCAGCACUUUGGCAAGUGGCUGAGUGCGCUGCGCUCGGGCAAGAUGCGCAAAGCCCGCAGCACCUUGGGCGGGUUCUACGAAGCUGUGUUUGGCACCAAGCCUCCCGGGUCGGUGCCCAAGUGCCUGGCCGGCUGCUUUUCCGCCACCAGAGAGAUGAUCCGACAGCACCCGAUCGCUUUCUACCAGAGGGCCAUUUCUUUCAUUAACGACCAUCCUGAUCCGGAAGAGAGCCAUUACAUGGAGCGACUGUGGGCAUCAAUUAUCUAUCUCAGCUAGACCCUUUCGUCUCGAAUUAAGGGUUUUAAGAUAAAGAGAUUGGCUGACUGAAAUUUGAACUUGCGACCUUUGAAAAUAGCCAACCCCUGUGGGCAGGGUGGGUCCAACUGAAAAGCUGAGGAAUUUGGACCAACGCCCCUCUCAUCGAAUUGAACACGCCCAAACUCUCUCUCCCACAACACAGAAGUGGAGGUCGCUGGUUCGAACUUCGCUCCUACCACAGAGCCUCUGUGUCCAACAAAAUACUUACAUAUACUUUGUCAUGGUUUCAAUAAAGUGAUUUGUUACUUAAAAGUAAUUCGUUUAGUUGACAUGAACAUAAGUUAAUACCUCAAAUAUACACCGGUGCAUUAUAUCGCAUUUUUCAAUGAACACUUAUUUGGAGAUGGCCGCUUGACAAUAACUGUGGUCAUAGUAGUGACCUGUUAUCGCCCUCAAGCAGAAAAGUGGCAGCAUAGACGUAUGUCGCAAGGCAGGUCUGGGCAUCUUGACCGGUCAUUAGAUUAACUUUUAUUUUGGGUCCCAGGCCAUAUUGAUUUAUACCGGUCUCAGUCGCUGACCAAAGGUCUCAGAAACGUGCGUGGUCCAGACCGCUUGCCUUUCUUGCUUUCCUCCAUGCAAAUACUGACUCGUUUCAAUUUGUAUGUGCGGCCAAAGUUUGAACAAAGGUCACCAAUGGUUGCAUUCGCCUCAAAAUGGAUAAUUAGCUUCAUCGUUAUGAACACGAGAGGCAUUAUUCGUUAAUGUUUACCAGAAUGACAACUAUUGUUUGGUGUUAACAUUUGCGUGAGAUAAAAAAAAACAAAAAAACUUACUUUUGUGCUCGAGGCCAGCCAUACGUUUGGCAAACCUCUGCCUGUAACGUGGACCAAAGCAACGUCUGUACAUGUAUUACAUAAUGUAAUGGUGUAUUUCUGAGUAAGUCGUCUCAAGUCGAACGCGAGGCAAUCUCUCAAGAGAAAUAUUAAAAAAAAAAGAACAGUUAGUUUACGUGACAAGAACGAUAGGGGCAAAUAUCGUUGAACACUAAUGGACAACUCUCAACUAGAAACGAAACCGUUAUAUUUUUGGCCAUGAAAAACACUUUACAAAGUGGGUCAAAACCUGCAAUUAUUGCUGCCAACUGGACAUCUUCCCAUGACAAGGGGAUCAAUAAAAUGAUCUGUCCGCCUUGAGUAGAUUCA